CUUCCUCUUUCCGUCGUUAUCUACUCUCUCUCUCUCUCACUCUCACUCUCACUAUCACUCUAAUUUUCCAGAAUUCUCCUCCACAGCUCAUCUGGGAGAGCUGACAUUGAACUGAACGGUCUCUGGUGAUUCCACAGUUGAACAAGCUGUCGUCCGCCGACUGUAAUCAAAACUCCCCCACCGACUUUUUCAAUACAAGUCUCUGUCUCUGUCUCUGUCUCUAGAUUGGUGGGUAUUGAAAUUUCAACCACUAUUUUCAGAUCUGUGGGUAUUGAAAUUCUAAAUUCCAGCGUUCGUCAGGUGGCUUGAUGCUGGGUGAGUGGCUGCGGGUCUGAUUUUCAGGUGGGCUCAUGUUGGAUUUGGAAAUGCAGAGUCAUUUUUUGGUUACAGUCUUCGAUUCAAUCCAAACACUUGACAAUAAUCCCAACCUAUCCAUUCCAAUCCUAGCCUAACCAGUCCAAAUACAAAUCCCUUCAUGUUUCCCUCUGUUUACUUUCUGUGUAUUUUAAGCAAUAAGCAUGAUUAGGAUGUUGAUUAGGACGUGGGUUUUGUUUAAUGGGUCUUGAAACCCUGGUAAGAGUAGUAAAUUCCUCUCCUUUCGAUCAAUUUCUUGCAAUGCUUUGUUCUGGAGCUAUCAAUUGAUUUCAUAGUUGUAGGGUUAUAAACCCGGAUUAGCAUUUCUUUCUUUGCUGCUACCAUUUUCUUUGCUUGCAAUAUUUCACCAUGGAACCCGGCACCUCGUGGUCGACUAUGGAGGAUGUUUUGUUGUGCGAGUGUUGGGUUCGUGUUGCUCAUGACCCGCUUACGGGUAGCGAAUUGAAGCUUAAUCAACUGUGGAAACAAAUCCGUGCAGAAUUUUCCGAGAGGAGCAAUUCGACUCGCACGGAGCAAAGUAUUUCUAGCAGGUGGAAAACUCUAAACAAAAAGUUACGCAGCUGGAGAAACGCCUUGGAAAAAGCCCAAGAUGAUUUUCAAAGUGGCAAAAAUCUUACUCAUCAGGUAGUAGAAUUUAAUAAAAUCUUACUCGUCAGUCGUCAGGCACUACAAGCACUCUUGUUGUAUAGUGCAGACAACAAGAAUAAGUCAUUCAAACAUCACAAUUGUUGGGCCGUUGUGAAGGGAUGUCCGAGAUUUAAAAUUGUUUCCACUUGUCCAACUGUUGUCAAAAACGAGGUGCCACGGCACAAUUCACCUAAUGGAGACAAUUCAGCUAAUGGAGAUUUGCCGUUGGAGUCCCCAGUUGAAAAGGAGUCACCAACAGAAAAAAGGUCGAUUCCCGUGGGUAAGAAGGUUGCGAAGAAAAGAGGUAAAAAGGGGGGUUCUUUCAAUGAGUGUGCAAGGUUCUUGAAAGAACUUGUUCGCCAAGGUGAAAUUAAUAUUGAGCGGGAGAGGUUAAGAGACGAGGCACUUGCAAGAGAAAGGGAGUAUGCACGAAAACAAGAUGAGGUACUCCUGAGAGAAAGGAUGGACAAGCGAGAUCGGGAAAUUAUGUCCCAGAAUCUAAACAAUAUGUCCUCUGAUUCAAAACUGUUUUGGGAACAAGAAAAAGCGGAUGUUAUGAAAAGAAGGUGUGCAAGGGAAGGUGGACCUAGCAACACAGAGUUAUUCCAAGAGAGUUUAUCAGGCAGUGCAGAUGUGUACAGAACAUGAGCUUAAUACCGAACGAGGCAGCAUUGAAAACAGAGGUGGAUUUGUCUUUUAACAUGGCAGGUAUUUACAGCUCUCAUGUGUAGAUAGUUCAAUCAAUGUGUAAAUACUAAUGAAAUGACGUAACUACUUGAAUGGACAUGACUGGUUUUUCUUGAACAAAUGAGUACUCAAUCUUCACUAUUUUCCUUGUUAGAGUUGUGCUUCAUCUUUUAGUAUAUUGUGUACAUUCGAGUUUUAUCCUGCAAAGUUCUCCCAUUAGUUAGUGGUAAAUUAAGAAGCAAUACCAUAAGCUAUUUUCUUUGCAAGAAAAUAUUGUCAUUUGGAUAUGGUAAAAUAAACCGAAAUACGAGCACCAAACCCUAAAUAGGAUCAACCUACUUUGCCUUAGAAUAUAACUUUACUGAUCUCCUUGGAUUAAUUUUCUGCGUUUUUGCGGUUUAUUUUAACUGCGUUGUGCUUGCUUUGUGAAAUUGCAUUAUUACUGGGUUUUCAUGUUUGCAACUAAAGGUUGGAUGAUACAAUACACAAGAUAACAGGGAGUCUCAUCAAAUAUAGGACCUCUCUCUUAAAAAGGACAUAGGUCAAGCACUGGAGGAUCUACCUUCUGUUAACAUCUUUGUAUAUUUGAUAGUUUGUUUCCUUGGAGUUGGUUUCUGCACUCAGCAUGCCUUCUUGUUUGUCUGAUGUCAUGGUCUAUCCAAGCUUAGAAGUAGCGAGAAUGACUUUCAUCGCACCAACUCUUCCAAUAAUCAGGAUUUCUCGUUUCAACUUUAGUUAUCGAAACAGAGUCAGUUAAAUUGUUUGGAUGAUGUUUAAGAAUCUUUCAGAACUGUGAUUAUGCCUUUCACUGGUGUUACUGUAUUUUAAAAUUUCAGUCCUCCCUUUCUAUUAUGGAGUGUAACAUACGUGCAUGAGUUUGCUUUAUAUGUUAUAGUCAUUACGACACUUGAGUUGCUUUAUGUGUUUUAACCAUUUCCUGCAAUAUUUUCUCUACCAGUAGGACACUUUUCAACUGUAGUAGAAGAUUGCAUUCGUUUUAGAACUUUUAAGUUGUGCAUAGACAUUGUUCGAACUGUGAGGUUUGGUCCAAAUUACGGAUAAUUUUUACACGCUUUUGUUAGCUGCAUACUAAUCAGGCAUUGGAACAUUUUAAUCGUGGAGAAAAGCAGAUGGACCAAGGACAAUCGAAGCCUUUAGCCCAGCCAUCAGUCAUGGGUUCAUGCCCGAAAACAUGUUAAGGCUAGGGCUGGCACCACAAUCUCUGCCAAGUGCCCAAACAUGCCAAAUAACCACAUUGCAUUGGCUGCUCAGUUGCAAGCAUUUGCGCUUUGAGCACAAUUUUGAUCUUUCACAGCCAGGAAAUGCCAACUUGACGCCACAGCUCAUUCCACUGUUGCAGUUGAGGAUUGCUGCUCAAUGAAAAGCUAAGGAACGCAACAUGGCUGCAUAAUCUUUACCUUUUCCAGCGUCAAAACAGCAGGUUACUUCUCCCCCAGUUGCGAGUGAGAGUUCUCCUCAUGCUAAUACAUCAAGUGGUGCAUCCAGGCAGGCUAGCUAUGCAAAAGCAAAGCAGACAGUUGCGGCGGCUAACCCUUUUGGUUGAGGUUUAAAUCGUAGUAACUUUAACAAUAAUAACAGCAUUCCUAUGCAGCAGUUUUUUGUUCAUGGCAGAGAAAACCAGAUGUGACCUAGGCAGUCGGUUCCUAUGGGAAAUGAAAUGACUUGUACCCAUCCCGCGCAGUCAUCUGCAAACACAAGCCAGGCUGUGACAACUCUUUCCAUGUAAAGAGUUCACAAAACAAUCCAGAUACAUUGCAGACGCAAUACCAUCGCCCAUCGGUAGUCGAGUGGAUCUUCUCCACAAGCUGAGGAUCCUUAUGAUGGGGUUCUGGCAACAAGAACCAGUCACGAGGUGGACUGGCUACUCGGAUGGGACAACAACGCCAUGGGUUCACUAAACAGCAGCUGCAUCUUCUUAAAGAACAAAUACUACCAUUUAGAAUUUACUUUUUGCUGUGAUAAUCCAUGUCAUGGAAAAUCAAGAGGCAGUUGAUAUUGUUUGAGUUGUUUGAGAAGGUGAACUAGUCUGAUGUGUAUUCUGUUUGUGAUUUGGACGAAAUGCAUUUUGUUUUGGACCA